CAAACACCACGCUUCAAGAUCAUGCUCACACCAAUUACUCCCCAACUGACAUCCCAGCACUAACCUCCCUGAAGAAGUUCUCUCUCCUCAAGAUACCAUGUACACACCAGCAGCCAAACGCCGCCGCAUCGACGACGCCUCCAAGACUCUCUCCAAACCCUUCCGCUCCCCCUUCAAAACACCAUUCAAAUCCCCAGUGAAAGCCCAAGAUGGCACCACUACCACUCCCACUUCCAAGCAGCUCACCCCCGCUUCUAAAUUGGUCCUCUCCAAUAACCCCCCUAAGCUUCCUACUACGCCCUUGAAUCUCAAUCGUACGCCCCGCUCCGCGACGAGAAAGAAGCAGUUCUCUUCUCCUAUAUCUACGGCGGUUCUUAAUGCUGAUCCGGCGAUUGCGCCGUUAUUGAAGACGCAGAGGGACUUGGAGCGGGAAUUGAAGGAGCUGAAGGAGGAGUUGGAUACGGCAGAGCAGGCGAGGAAGAUUGAGAGGGAGAGUACGGAUGAGGAAGUUGAUGGGGAAUUGAAGGUUUUGAUUGAGAAGUGGAGGGGGGCUAGUCGGGAGGCGGCCGAGGAGAUGUUUGGGAGGGUGAGGGAUCGGGUUAAUAGGUAUUUAUCAGUUCUUUUGCUGAUUACCUGGGAGUUUGGUGGUACUGACGGCUUGUAGAAUGGGUGGUCCGAGAGCGUGGAAGGAGAUGCAGAAGAAGCAGCAGGAGUUUCAGGGACAGUGGGAGGAUGAGCAGAAUAAUAAUGCGGAUGAUGAUGAUGAUGAGGACGAAGACGACGAAGAGGCGAAAGAGAGAGCUAAGAGGAAGAGAGAGUUAUACGAUCAAUACGACAUCGAGAUAGAGACGGAGAACGAGAAGUCGCAACGCGAAAAGAGGUUAGGCGACACAGGAGAGCGACCAGGCGAGGAAGAUGUAACUUCUCCCUUUACAAAUGACUUGUGGUCUUUGACUGAUUCGAUCUAGGAGUUUACGAUGGCAAUGAUGCUUCGCACCUUGAAUGUUGACCUAGAUGUCAUUGGCUAUGACAGAGAUCAGCAAAGAUGGGUGGACUGAUCAAAAUGACAGCGUGGUUUACACGAUGUCGCCCCUCGAUCUGUCGCAAGAACGCAAGAAAUGCUCGUGUUGCACAGCAGACAAGACGUAAAUAUUGGUACGGAUUUCACUCAAAGCGCUCUAUUGAGGAAGAGCUGGAUGCAUUUGUGGCUGGCAUUUUGCUUUUGUUUUCUAUUUUCUUCCUUAAAGAUGCCCCUUUUGCAAAGCGUGGAUGUAUAGAGUUGCUGCUGGUUUGGUAGCUGAAUGAUACUUGUUUUACCUUCGCUUAUGUUAGGCAUAGACUGACA